UUUCAUUUAGAGUUGCACAACACAGAGCUAUACACAUUCAGUAUGGCAUUUUAUCAAACACUUUCCGUGGAUUCAAUCUUGGAACCUAAAGUCCUUCUGCUUGGGGCAAUCUUCAUUGUCUCUAAUUAUUUCCUAUUCAAACGCAUAUUUGGAACCAAAAAACUACCUCCAGGGAGUCUAGGAUGGCCUGUGGUAGGGGAAACCGUUCAAUUCCUUCACAACCCUGCAAAAUUUGUUGUGACAAGAAUGGGAAAGUACUCCAAUGAAGUGUUCAAGACUAACAUACUUGGAGAAAACACUGCUGUGCUAUGUGGACCUGCUGGCAACAAGUUCAUGUUCACUAAUGAGCAAAAGCUUGUCAAAGUCUGGCAUCCACACUCUACACAAAAGAUUUUCUACUCCAACAAGCCUCAACAGGCUCCUCCACCUCCUCCAAAUCCAACCCCUCAAGAGGCAGGCAAGCAAGGCACGUUGCGGUCGACGGGGUUUCUUAGACCAGAAGCAGUGAUGAGGUACUUGGACAAGAUUGAUUUGAUCACCAAGCACCACUUGGACACACACUGGGAGGGAAAACAAGAAGUGAAGGUGUACUCACUAGUCAAGACUUACACUUUAGCCUUGGCUUGUCAAUUGUUUAUGGGAGUGAAUGAUCCAGACCUUGUAGAAAGACUUGUUGGCAAGUUUGAUGAGCUUUCCCAUGGGAUUCACACAAUUGCUUGGAAUAUUCCGGGAAUGGCUUUCUACGGUGCGAAAAAGGCCGCUGUUGCGAUUAGUGCUGAGAUUCAACAGGUGAUCAAUCAGAGAACAGAUGCUAUGGCAAGUGGGGUUCAGAUGCAGGACAUACUGUCUUAUAUGAUCAAAGCAGGACAAGAGGGGAAGUUCAAGGCCCUUGGUGAUAUUGCUGAGGCAAUGAUGGGUUUGAUCUCUGCUGGUUAUGGAACUACAGCCAUAGCCCUCACCUUUGCCAUGAAAUAUAUUGGAGAGAGACCUGAUGUCUACCAAAAGAUACUCGCAGAGCAAAUGGAGAUCAAAUCCUCAGAAGGAUUUAAUGGGGUACUUGAUUGGGAUCACAUACAGAAGAUGAAAUACACAUGGAACGUAGUGAGCGAAACCAUGAGACUCAGAGCACCUCUGCAAGGAAUGUUUAGAGAAGCCAUGACUGACUUGACAUAUGCAGGUUACACCAUCCCAAAAGGGUGGAAGCUUUAUUGGACAGUGAGUUCAACACACAAGAACCCAGACUACUUUCCAAACCCAGAAAAGUUUGAUCCUUCAAGGUUUGAAGAUGGAAACACACCAUACACAUUUAAUCCUUUCGGUGGAGGUCCGAGAAUGUGCCCUGGAAAAGAGUAUGCAAGGGUUGUAGUUCUUACUUUCCUACACAAUGUUGUGACAAAGUUCAAGUGGGAUCUUUUAUGUCCAGAUGAGAAAGUUAUUGGGGACAUGGCACCAGCUCCUGAACUUGGCGUCCCAAUCCGCCUUCACUCAGCCACUUAAGCUGGUUAAGGCUCUGUUUGGCAGAGCGGAAAUCUUGAUUUUCAAUGCUAACGGAAAUGCUGUGGGAAAUAUGAUGAGCUUAAAGCUGUAGAAUAUGCUGUGAGGUGUUUGGCGAACUAAAAAUUGAUGCUAGCGGAAAUGUUGUUGAAUUAAAGUAUUAUAAUAUUA